AUUUGCCUUUCCUUGCCCUCACGUUGGCCCUGGCUGGUGGCUCCUCGUGGUUCCCCUCGUGAUGCUCCUUCCCCCAGCGCACAGAAGCUCUUUCUUGGCUCCAGGAGCUUUCCUGACAUCCCAUUUCCUCCUCCUGCAGCUUCCUUCUCCUGCAAUCCCCUGGUAUUCUCCUCCCUGUCCCAGUGCAUUUUCACCUCAUAAAGCCAGUUCCUCCAGGCAAGGAGCUCCCUUUGUGGGUAUCUUGCAGUUAAUAGGAUCGUAGAAUGGUUUGGGUUGGAAAGGACCUAAAGACCAUCCAGUUCCAGCCCCCUGCCAUAAAAUGCCAUUGAAUGGCACCACAAGGAUGGUGCCGACCCAGCCCAAUGCCUGUUUGUGGGGUGACUUGGAUUGUAGUCAACCCAUGGCCAUUAUCCAGAAGAAAACACCAUGCAAAGAGCCAUUUCCAUCCCAGUUUCCUCCAUGGUGCUGUGGGAUUGGGGCCAGGAGCUUUGGAAGAGCUGAACCCCAAGUGAUGGUGUGCUAGGUUCAGCAUCCCCCAGAGCUUCUCAGCAGCAAUGAGAGGUUAUUCCUUCAUCAAAACAAAGGAAAAUCACCCAAAUCCCUCCCUGUGGCCUCUGCUGUUUGGCAUAUUGGUGUUAGCACCCAUUAUAGGGAUGCUUCUGGUGCUUCCCAGGCUUCAAUCUCAGGUCCCCCUCUCUUCCCAGCUCCCCAUGGGAAGCAGCUCCGGGAUGCGUGGGAACUGGGAUAACUCCUUUGCCAGGUGGAAUCCCGACAUCUUUCCAGAGGUUUUGCCCUGAGGUUUAGGCAGGAGCAGCGUGGGAAUCCUGUGCUGGGAGCUGGGAAUUUCGUGUUGGUGGAUAGAAAUCCCGGGCGGUGCCGGAGCGAACACUGUGCCUUUGUCACGACAACGAUGUUUUCCAAGCCAGGAUUCCUCCUUUGCCACCCUUUGUACGGCCUGGAUAAGGGGCACAGUCGCUGUUGGGUGCUCAAAGAAGCUCAUCCUGAAGGGCCUGGUCCAUUCCACACUUCCGUUUGGAAGCUGCAUCCUUCAGGAAUACCUCCAUGCGCCGGGAUGGGUGAUCCCGAUGUCUUCCUGGAUCCCUGCGAAGGAGCCCUGUGCGGGUUGCCGGGGCAGAAGCGCCGCUGCAUGUCCGCGCUGGAGCCGGUUACCGGCCCCGGCCGCGGCUCGGAGGAGGAGGAGGAGGAGGAGGAGGAGGAGGACCGUGUCCAAGCGGUGCCGUUGCGGCGAUCCUGCGCCCUCCGCAUCGGCUCCCGGGAUCCCUUCCGCCGGCACAGCUGGGAGCCGGGCAAGGAGCUGCGCGGGGGCCCCGGCUACAACCACCUCAGAGUGAGUCCCAAAGGGCUGAGCCCUGAUGACAUUGACUCCAGCAUGGAGCAGUUGGAUGGGCUGGGAUGUCACCAGAGGGACCCCCGGAGAAACCCCUUUGUCCACAGCAACGAUGACCUGGAGUCCCUGCUUUCCCAGACCGAGGCGAACGAGCGGUGGGCACAGGAGGAUGCGCAGGGGUUGCCAAUAUCCCGGAGCCAGCAGAGCUUCCACAGCUACAGCCUCUCCAAAUCUGCAUCUCUCGGCAUCAUCAACAGGUCCCCCGAUGCAGACGAGAUUUCCCUCUUUGCCUCGCAGCAGAACCUGGUCAAUGGGUGAGUUGGGGGUGAGGUGUGCUGGGGGGUGAAUAAAGCACCUCAAGGACCAGAGGGGAGACUUAGGGAUGAAAAUAGGGAUUUUUGAGGGGUUAUGGCCGCAGGAUAGAUGCGACGGGGCCAGGCUGAGGCCUGACACACUUCACUCAUUGUGCAUCAGGCUGGUGGGGACGGUGGCUCUCUCCCCGCCGCUGGCAUCACACUGUGCCAGCGGCGCCUGUCACAGCCCAUUCCCAUCCUCAUUAGGGCGGUUGUUCCCGGGUGUCGCUGGCUGGGAGCCCCGCGGGGAACAAACGGGGACAGGGACAAGCCAUAGGGGACGGUGCUGCGCGUCCCUGCCCCUCUGUGUCUCCAGGGUCGGGAGCAGGGUUUAUCUACCCGGGAA